UAUAAAAAAGAAUCACAUUAUGUCAUUAUGCAACAUUACAUUUAAACAGAAAACUAGGAAAAGAAAUUUGAUUAGUAGGAAAAUAAGAACAUCAGGAAAAGAAAAACAACAUCCUCUUGUGUAUUCAAAUAUCAACCAAACCAACCAUCCAUGGCACAAAGAAAGCCAACAUUUCGUUUUAGAAUCCCUUCCUGGCUAUCAGGAACACCUGAAUCAAUGUCUCGUCGUCCGAAAGACGCAUCAAAACCAAUUACUCGUUCAGACACAAAUGUUCCCAUUCAAAGACCAUCUAGGCCUUCUCUCAUAACCCCUGCAGAAUUUUCUCCUAGUCCUACCAAAACUCAAGAAGCCGCUACAAUUGAACCUCAAAACCAUUCACCGCCUCAUCCAAGUCAGCCAACACCAUUAUCAUCGUCGGUGUUUGUUGAAACCACUCACUCAAAACCACAAUCUCCAUCAACAUCGCCAAACCAUGUCAACUCUCCACCACCAUCAUCUCAUGCGGCAUCUCAGGUUCAUGUUGCCUCAACUCAACCUCAGUCUCCCUCUCAUCAUGACACCAUGAAGGUGCCAAAGCCAAAUUCUUCAUCUGUGGAAGAAAGCACUCAUCCUACAUCACCCCGAGUUUCUAAAAUUGAGCCAGCUUCUCAGCAUCACCCACCAUCGCCUUUGGCCCCAGAGAAAAAAAAUGAGCAUCAUCUACCAUCUCCUUCGGAUAUAGAGCGAAAAAAUGAGCAUCAUCUACCAUCUCCUUCGGAUAUUGAGCGAAAAAAUGAGCAUCAUCCACCAUCUCCUUGGACUUGGACCCCGGAGCAAAAAAAUGAGGUGUUAAAGGCUAACCAUGAAGAAAACACUCGGCAUACAUCAUCUACCUCACAAGAAGAAAAAGGGAAGAUGUCAGUGUCUGAUCCGGUUCCAAGUGAACCGGAACCAAAGACGAAGUCACCAUCGAAAAUCAUCCCCGUGUCACAACCAGAGAAUCUUUCUAAGCACACAAAAACAAAACUAGAUGAGGAAAUAUCAACAUCAAAACUAACACCAAAGUCCCAUUUGGAAACUCAAAGGAAGUUCCUUCAACCUAAAGAGAAAGAGAAAGUUAUGCAUGAAACCAAAAAAGUAGGAAAAGCCAAAGACAAAGAUAAAAGUACUAGCCAACCGAAUCAACAUACCAAAGCAUCUUCUUCAGGCACAAAGGAUAAGAAGCAUCAUGGUGUAAGAGAAACUGUAGAGAGAAAGAUAAUGUUUUCCACAUCAAACUCUAGUGGUAAAGACAUAUCACACGAAAGAAUUGUCCCAUCGAGUGAGGAAAGGGAAAAGGAAAAUGAAAAGGGAAAGGCACCAAUGCAUAAAGGUAUCAAAGAUGAUAUUACAAAGUUUGUUCAUAAAAUAUCAGCCUCAGUGCAACCAACACAACCUAUGGAGGACAAAAAAUUCAGUGUCAUAACACUGACUGGUGACAAUAGAGGAGCAACAAUGCAUGUUGGUUCAGAAUCAGAUAAGAAAGAAGGGUCAAUCCACAUUCACAGGGCCUACAAGACUGAAUCUGAAGAGAGCAUUGAUGUGACAACAGAUGGAGAAGGAAACACUAACAAUGAGGAAGAAGACUCAAUGGAACAUGGUGAGGUUGGGAAAGCAUAUGUUAACAGCAACAUACAAAGUAUCAAUAAUUCACUCAUGUUUCAUGGUUCAAUCAAUGAAAGAGACCCUGGAGUUCAAGUUACACUUCCACAAAAGCCCUUAGAAACCAUCAACCACGAUGAUAAAGACACUCAUAAUCGCAGGACUGAGUUUAACAUUAGCCGGUCUCAGAAGUCAACGUUCCAGCCAACAGUUCGCCGUUAUGGUCGCAAGUUCAGUUGUGGAAAUGAAGACAUUGAGAUUAUGUGAAAUAAGAACAAACAUAGCUUCCCUUGUACACCAUAAAAAUACACCUUGUACAGAAAUAUUGCAACUUUUAAUUAUAAGAAAAUAAGAUUUAUAGUAUUUAGCCACUUUCCACCAAGAACGUGUUGACAACAUCAACAAUAUAUAAUAUAAAUUUUUUCCAUUUUA